CGGCGCCAGCGAUGGACCUGACGGAAGCCAAGGCGCUGGAGCUGAACAAGGCGCUCAGCGGGGCCCUCGACCGGCAGGACUGGGCGAUCACUCGCGAUCUCCUGCAGCAGCUGCAGUCCGCGGAUGCCAGCAACAAACUGAAGGUGCUGGGCACAACCAAGCUGAGCAAGACGGUCUUCAAGCUGAGCAAGGCGAGCGACACCGCGACGGCUGACGCGGCCGCAGAACUCGUCCAAAAGUGGCGGCAGCUGCUCAAGCCGGCUGAGAAGGUCGGCGAAAAGCGGCCGCGAGAGCAGAGCCCCCCGCCGCCGCAGGUCAAGCACGAGGCUGCGAAGCCGGAGCCGGCCGCGGAGGCCCCGGCCCCGCCGGCCCCAAGCGGCAGCGGCCACAGCAGCGGCGGCGUGGGCGGCGGCAGCGGCAGUGCAAGCGGCGGAAGCGGCGGCGGCGUGCUGGCCAAGACUGGGGAGCCGACUCGCGACAUGGUGCGCGCGAAGCUGCGCGACGCAUUCGCGAAGGGCAUCUCGGACAACGUCAAACUGCUGCGCGAGCUCGAUGUCGACCCGUGCUCGCUCGCCGCCGAGUGCGAGGAGGCGAUGGCCGCCAAGUUUGGAGGCGUUGGCAAAGACUACCAGGCGCGAUUCCGCUCGCUGAUCUUCAACCUCAAGGACCCGAAGAACCCCGAGUUUAGCCGCGCCGUCGUGCUGGGCCAGCUGCACGUUGGCUCGCUGUGCGAGAUGGACGUCAAGGAGAUGGCCUCCGCCGAGGUGAAGAAGCAGCGGCACGACUGGUCCGAACACGCCAAGAUGGCCCUCAUGGACGAGCAGACCUACAACCAGGGAAAAUGGAAAAUGAUAAGGGGCCCCAAGGGCAAGCCGAAGAAAACGAGCUACCUCUGGGGGCCAACCCGCCCGGCAAAAAAUCCGACCACCAAGAAGGCCCUUGUCACAAACUGGAC